UGGGGGUAGAAGGAAAGAAAAUCAAGCCAAGAUCCCUAUGUGUGUGCAUCUGACUUUUCAGUAAAAUUGUCAGAUUGGGUGCUUUUCUUUUUCCUUUGCCUCUGGGUCUGUGAAUCUCGAUUAGGCAGAAUAGGUCCAGGUACCAUAGCUUCUGUUGAACCUCUGGGAAGUUUAUGAUUUUCCUAUCCUGGCUGUAGUAGCUUUCGUUGGCGUUGACUCUCUUUACAAAAUAAGUAGCAGAAGCUGCAGCUCAGCUGGAGAAGUCCAAAUGUGUGUUGUUUUAGAUACUAGCUCCAGGUCUGCCCAGCCAGCAAGGACAGGGCUUACCUGAAUUUGAAGCCCAUUUGCAAUAUGGUGCCUGAUAAUAAAUGCAACCAAGUGACUUCAGUAGAAAGCAUCCGCUUCCUGCUGAUGAGGAAUUGUUGAUUACUGUGAGCUGCUUGCUUAGCCCAAGAAAGCUUCAGCCCAUUCUAGAGGUUACAAAAUCUUGAAGAGACACAAACUUUUGGUACCUUGCUAGGAAAAAUACCCUUAUGAAAAUGAAUAAAAAGAGGCAGGGCUAGGACUUUUCAUCCUUCCCAAUGGAAAGGCAGAGAAAAUGCGGCUUUCUGUUCUGAACCAUCAAUGUCCUCCUGGUACAGGUGUUGUCAAGACAGAGCCUCUAAACUUCUGCAGUUGUCUUUUGGGCUCCUUGGGACAUUCCUGUAAUGGCCUCACAUGAAAUGCUGAUGAGCAGAGUCCCUUCUGGGCAAGCACUUAGCAGGUACAGUGGAGAAACAAAAACUUAGGAAACUGAUUUCAGGUCAUCCUUGUGUUCCUGACUGUAGGUGGGUGUCCACUGAAACAAUAACUUCAGCCGCUGCCCCGGUCUUGCUCUGUUUGAACUCUGCAAAAAGUUAUGGAAUAGGGUGACUGACUGUGCCAACAGUCAUACUAAAACCUUCAACCAGUGUUCAUCAUGACUCAUUUCCAGCAUGCCUUGGAUAGGAGGGCAAAUGUCCUUGGCUUGGCUUAUCCGAACCCAAAACUUUCUUGAGGGAGGUCAUCCGAGUUCUGUGGUUAACACCCUCCUGGGAGACACUGACUCUCAGAGGAGGCCAGAAGGCUGUUGCUCCAGCCGCCUUUCCAGAGGUAUCUUGGAAGCGACUUUCUCUUUAGUUUUCGGCAUAUGUGCCUCUCCUUCUCACUAUGUUAACUGGACGAUGCCAGCUUCUGUGAUGAAGACUUGCUUGUGCGCCUCUCAAGGCUGGAAAACAACCUGAUCUCUUCAUGCAGCUUAGGAAAAUAUUUCCCAUUCCAACUGAGUUGGAAAUAUUUUUUCAUCAUAGUCUGCAGGUCAAGGGAUACAGGAUAGACUAAAGAUACCUCUUGGUUUUAAUUUAUUUAUUUUUCCUUUCUGCAGAUGCCUUCCAACUUUUAACUGGGUUGGUUUAUCUCAUCUGAAGUAUUAAAUCAGGUGAAAUUCAUAAGGAAGCUAAAGCAAAUGCCAUAUUAUCUAGCACAAUCGUGUUGGUAUUUCUUCAGUCUGAGUUCUAGCCACAAACUCUGUGCAGGAUGUGUCUAAGGGGAUUACCGUUGGCAGCGAACGUGCCCACACCUGAGUUCGGAGAAGUCCUAGCUAGCUAGUGGCAGAAACAGAUUUGCAGAUGCUACUGAGAGGAGUGGGAGAGACUGCUGACUCGUGCUGAGCAUCCUCUGGACAGGACCAAGGUGGAGGUUGGUUUGGCACAGAAUGGUUCGAUCUUGCCGAUUCAGACUCAACUCAGCCUCUUUGAUUCUCCUUGAAGCCAAACCACUCUUGAAACCCAACCUGCUGUACAAUUUCCACAGCCCCAGGGGAGUUUGGGGAAGCAAGGAGCAGGGGAGCAUGGUUAAGAGAGUGGACGUAGUGGUUAUAAAAAGCUCACAGACCUUAAAGUUCAGGAAGAGCCACUGCCAAAUGUGACCUACAAACCGUAGGCUGGAGAGGCAGAUCCCUCUAAGUGUGACAGGAUAAAGCGACACAAAAUGACUAGGAUGAAAGCAGCCAGCAUCUGUUCAGCUGCAAUCCGGUGUCAGAGAAGGAGUUGGCCGGAGGACCUUGCCGAGCCAGCAUCGCUUUGCGUGGGACCAUAUUUGGCAGCGCUGUGGCUGGGUGACUUGGCAGAAAGUUACUUGAAUUGCUGUGCCGACACUUUCAUAAUUAAGGUCUUGUGCGAGAAAGGGAGGCAUGCAGCAGCUCACGGCACUUGGGGAAGCUGUGCAGGGCUAAAAUUAGCCUUUUAUUAUUAUUAUUACUAUUAUGGACUUGAGCUGGAGCGGGUAUGAGGGAAAGAUCAGUGAUACUGGGGAAAAGAUUCACCCUGAUGCUUCAUCAUGAAUGACAUGGUGUUUUUUGUGGGAGAUGAUUGACCAGAUCAUGUGUGUGGCAACGUAGGAAGCUCAGAUUGCUGUGACGUAGAAAAGGGCACAAGAUGAGGUUGCAACACAUUUUCUUCAGCAGAGUGAAAAACGCUUCCUCUCUUUCUAAAUAAAAAAAAAGAGAAGGAAAAAUUGUAUUAUUCUCAGCAGUCUGCUGUCAUACAUGUUUCGCCUUUGCUGCUGUCUGGUUUUUAGAGACCAAUUCGUCUUAUUUAAGAAUAAAACGGGGAUUUACAUGCUGGUGCAAAUUCUGAUCUUCCUUUCAGAGGAAUUAUCGUUAUUCGGAUAAUUUACUCCUCUCAGCUUAUUUUUCCUAGAAAAAUGGAAUUGGCUGAUGUAACCCAGUCUCACCCAUUCAUCUUUUUCCAUGUGGCACUCAAGGGGUCCAACUCCAUUUUCUACUUCUGCCAACAGUGGCAUGCUGUACUUAGAGCAGUUUUUAUAUUCUCGACAGUCCUGUACUCACUGGUUUGAAAGCAGGAAAAGCCACUUUGAAAUGUGUUGGCAAAUGCUACUGGUGUGUGUUACCCUAGGUAGAGCAAGGUAGCACUCUAGUUGCUUUUUUUAUUUACUAUAUCAGAGCAAGACUGUAUCGGGGCUAUAAGAUAGCUGCACUUAGACUUCAUCUCCUGUGGCUGUUGCAGAUGGGGAAGCCCACAUCCCAAGUAGCUGAUGUGCCUCAGGUCCUCAUGAUGAACGCAUGAGGAAUAUGAACCUUCUCCAAACUCUUCUUUGAGAAGAUUCUUCCUUUUGCCUGCACAGCCCACAAGCAGUUCUCCUCUUUGCUUGUGCUGCCCACAAUCCCCUGCCAGAAAAACUGCUCCAUUUUUGCCAUUUUUUGUACUACAGCUUCCCUGUCUCCUGUUCUCAGACAUGUAGGUCAUGUUCUCCUGGUUCUGUUUCCCAUCUUGGAGCUGCUACUGUCAGACCUUCUCUGUGGGACCAGAAGAGGAGCUUUCCCAUUGCAUGCUAACUGCCAGCCAUGGAGACCCCGGAUAGGACUUUGAAAUGCUGCUGUCUGGUGACUUGCAAUAGUUAAGAUAAGAUACCCAGAAAUAACUUUUCUCUCUCAAUGUUAUCACCAAGAUGCGAGAUAUAUACGUAAUGGGGGUAUGCUCAACACCUGGAGGAAAAGCUGGGCUAUCUGCAAGAAAGCAAAAGGCAGAAGAUAGGAACCAGCUGAGACACGAGAAUAUUUAUUUAAAAGCUUUUAUCAAAAUAUUAGUAUACUCCCUCCUGCGGGUAAGAAUGAGAAGAGGCAAACCUGAACUAUUCAGCAGCCACACACAAAGCUCUUGCACAACAAGGGAAAAUAAGGUGAAAUAUGAUGGAAGAAGCCCUUGGUGGGGGACGUGGACUCACAGUGACAGAACGAUAGUGUUUGGAGUGGGCUGCAGAGGAGAGAGGAAAAUGUUCUCCCUACAUAGUCAUUGCAGGCUGUUCCAGGAGAAAUGGUGUUUGCUACUCGGGCAGUGGUCAAGGCAUUUAGGGCAGAUGUGGUAGAAGCCUUAAAACCUGAAGUUGUGCAUGUUUUGGUGGACUUGUGGCUUCAGCCAGUGGAAGGGGGCAUGAUCGAACAGAUGGAUCAGCCGCACGCCGGCAGGGGCUGGCUCAUUCAGAUGGGACAGUCAUUCUUCCUUUUGAGCCGCCAGUUGUGUGGGAGAGGGAGGAUCGUGACUGAUGCGGUGGGUGGACCUUAGGGUGGAGGAGGAAGACAUGGAGCACAUGCUAGGACAAUAAAUAGUCACCCAUGGGUGAUGCCUCCAGGACAGUGCUCAUCUGAGGGGUGGACGCUGCUGGCUCCACGUGGCAUCAUUUCCAGGGUGGCCAUGUGUGUGGGGAAAUGCAGCCGGAUCGUGGGUCCCUGUCUGCUGGUGCUGGGCAUGCUCUCUGUGGCAGCCAACAUCCUCCUGCUCUUCCCUGGCGGGACAUCAAAGUACCUGGUAGAGGGGCACAUCAGCAAGCAAGCCAAGGCCAUGCCAGGUGUCUGGGGAGGCGGCAUCACCGUGCUGCUGGCAGCGACCCAUAUCACGGCAGUGGGGUGGCGAUGUGCCGGCUGCUCCGACUGCGGCACCCGUCGCAACGCUUUCAUCUCUGCUGUGCUCUCCAAGCUGGCACUUCUGGGUGCUACCGCCUGCUUCGUCCUCUCCGGGGUGGGUUUGACCGAUGGACCCCUCUGCUUCUACAAUGCCUCCGAGCAUGGCCGUGGGCACGGCAUCCUCUGGGAUUACCCCUUCCUGGAUGCAGGCGGCAAGGAGCCUGACACCAGGGCACAGAAUUACCUGUAUGAUCGUCGAACCUGGAGCACCUGCCUGGAGCCGGAGGGCAUCGUGGCCUGGAAUGUUGUCCUCUUCUCCCUCCUGCUGCUCGUCAGCACCACCGAGAUGGUGCUGGCCUCCCUCCAGAUCCUCAACGGCUGCCUCGGGUGCCUCUGUGGCUUUUGUGAGGGGAAGUAGGGACCUGCGACGGUGCCAGGAGGAUGGCACUUGGAGGAGGUAUCAGCCCCGGGUGUCCCUUGGCUGGUGGCAAAUGCUGUAGCAGGGAUAUGGCAGGAACUGUGACACCAGCCCAGUACAAGAACCCUGUGCAAGAUGGACAGAGUUGCCCAUAGGGGACAGACAUCCCAGCCUGCGUGAGCUGUCGAAGCAAUGGGCGUGGGGUUGGUAUGCAAAGGGCUGCCUCCAUGCAGAGCCCUCCGCCUGGGCGAUACCUCUUCCUCCUCCCUGGAGCAGAUGCCCUUGGGGCUGGCAGCCAUUUGGGGAUGGAAAUGAGCCCAGUGAGCGAUGGAGGUGAGGACCUGGCUCCUGGCAUCCCGACACGAGCCCAAUGGCUCCUCUGGCUGUUACUCAUCAGCCUCCACCCGCCCAAGUGCAAAAUGUGACACGAUGGUAUUUGUAGAGACAAGAGCUGGAACACUAACUUAUUUUCAUUAAUCAGUCUGUAUUUAGGGCAGCUUGCAUCGGUGUUUGUCUCCGGCGCCGGGCAGGAGAGGUGAAGGAGACUGGAGGAGCCGAGCCAGGCUCUGGCUGGGGCUGGGGGCUUGGAUGGAGUUGUGCUGGGGGAAGUAGUGCCGGAAUUGAGGUGUAGACCCCCUGAAGUUCACCCAUACGCACACAUAUGCAUGCAGCAAAUGUUAGGAGCCCCGCGCUCAUCCCCACCGGCCCAGGACCUCCAUCACACCACCUGCCGCUGCACUUGCAGGGGGUGUCACCGGCUUCAGCGUGUCCCCCAUCCCUGCGCCCUCAUCCCCUAAUCCUUCACAGGGACCAAGCGUGGGUACAGACCUGAACCUGCCUGCGCUGGGAGGAUGUUUGCCACAAAACUGAUAAGGUUUGGAGGAAAGUAGCAAUGUCCAGGGUAGCUUAAAAAAACCCCACAAACAGCCAGAUUAAACAGUAACUGGGCAACUCUUGUGAUUUAAUCCCAGCUGGCAACUAAGCACCACACAGCCACUCAUUCACCCUCCUCCCCAGCAGAAUGGAGGGAAGAGAAGUGGAAGGGUAAAAGUGAGAAAACUUGUGGGUUGAGAUAAGAAGAGUUUAAUAAUUGGAAAAAAAAAAAAGG